GAAUUGUGAGUUUUGGAAGUGUAGGUUUCUGAAAUUUAUUCUAUGUUCCACUAUCUAGCUAUAAAAUAUAACUUUUGUGAUUAUAUCCGGUGCAUAUGGUCAAAAUCGAACUAGCUGCUACCUUGUUCUUGCAUAAGUGUAGACGUAGUUCUGUUUGUUUGAUUAGAAUUAUUGUUGAAAUUGUAUUUGUUACAUAGAAAAUCACAUUCGAUCAAGCAUCAUCAUGGAAAAAUCACAAAAAAUGCCUAAAGUGGCUAAGGUAAAAAACAAAGCACCUGCGGAAAUUCAAAUCACAGCAGAACAGCUGUUAAGAGAAGCAAAGGAGAGAGAUUUGGAAAUUUUACCUCCUCCACCAAAGCAAAAAAUAUCAGAUCCCCAUGAAUUGGCUGAUUAUCAACAUCGAAAACGGAAGAUGUAUGAAGAUAAUAUACGUAAGAAUCGUAUGGUUAUAACGAAUUGGAUAAAAUAUGCCCAAUGGGAAGAAAGUCAGAAACAAAUAAAGAGAGCAAGGUUCUUUGAAUAUAAAAAAUAUUUUAUAUGUCCAAUUUAUUUCAGGUCUAUAUAUGAACGUGCCUUAGAUGUUGAUCACAGAAAUAUUACAUUAUGGCUGAAGUAUACUGAAAUGGAAAUGCGUAAUAGGCAAAUAAAUCAUGCUAGAAAUUUAUGGGAUCGUGCAGUUACAAUUUUACCUAGAGCUAAUCAAUUUUGGUACAAAUAUACAUAUAUGGAAGAAAUGUUAGAAAAUAUUGCUGGAGCACGUCAAGUUUUUGAGCGUUGGAUGGAAUGGGAACCUGAUGAACAAGCAUGGCAAACAUAUAUUAAAUUUGAAUUACGAUAUAAAGAAAUACAAAGAGCAAGAGAGAUAUAUGAACGUUUUGUUAUGGUUCAUCCUGAUGUAAAACAUUGGAUAAAGUAUGCACGUUUUGAAGAAUCUCAUGGUUUCAUAAAUGGAGCACGCAAGGUUUAUGAACGUGCUGUCAACUUUUUUGGAGAUGAAAGCUUGGAUGAAAGGCUAUUUAUAGCAUUUGCAAGAUUUGAAGAAGCACAGAGAGAACAUGAUAGAGCAAGAAUAAUUUAUAAAUAUGCUUUAGACAAUAUUUCAAAAGAAAGAACAGAAGAAAUAUAUAAAGCAUAUACCAUACAUGAAAAGAAAUAUGGAGACCGUUCAGGCAUUGAAGAUGUAAUAGUUAGUAAAAGAAAAUAUCAGUACGAACAAGAAGUCAAAGAAAAUCCUUCUAAUUAUGAUGCUUGGUUCGAUUAUCUAAGAUUAGUAGAAUCUGAAGGAAAUGUUGAAGUUGUAAGAGAAACAUAUGAACGAGCUAUAGCAAAUGUUCCUCCUACCAAGGAGAAGCAAUAUUGGAGACGAUAUAUCUAUCUGUGGAUAAAUUAUGCUUUGUAUGAAGAACUUGAUACGGAAGAUAUAGAUAGAUGUCGUCAAGUUUACAGAACCUGUUUAGAACUCAUUCCACAUAAACAUUUUACAUUUUCUAAGAUAUGGCUAUUUUAUGCAUAUUUCGAAAUACGGCAAAAAAAUUUGACUGUAGCGAGAAAAACAUUGGGUAUGGCAUUGGGUGUUUGUCCUAGAGAUAAAUUGUACCGUGGUUACAUUGAUUUAGAGAUACAACUCAGAGAAUUUGAUAGAUGCAGGAUUCUGUAUGAAAAAUUCCUUGAAUUUGGACCUGAAAACUGCACAACGUGGAUGAAAUUUGCAGAAUUAGAAACUUUAUUAGGGGAUGUUGACCGUGCUAGAGCUAUUUAUGAAUUAGCUGUAUCUCAACCAAGGUUGGAUAUGCCUGAACUUUUAUGGAAAUCAUAUAUAGAUUUUGAAAUAUCUCAAGAUGAAAUAGAAAAUGCUAGACAACUAUUUGAGAGAUUAUUAGAACGAACUCUUCAUGUCAAAGUUUGGAUAGCGUAUGCUAAAUUUGAAUUAGGUAAUUCUUCAUCGGAAGAUGGUGUUGAUAAUGUUACUUUAGCUCGUAGAAUAUUUGAACGUGGGAAUGAUGCAUUACGUUCAAAUGGUGAUAAAGAAAGUAGAGUAUUACUUUUGGAAGCAUGGAGAGAUUUCGAAAAUGAGAAAGGAGACGAAGAAAAUCAGACUAAAAUUAUUGCCAAAAUGCCUAGAAGAAUUAAACGAAGAAGACGAAUUGUUGGAGAAGAUGGAAAUGAUGGAUGGGAAGAAAUAUUUGACUUCGUAUUUCCAGAAGAUGAAUCCCAAAGACCAAAUCUUAAAUUUUUGGCAUCAGCGAAAGCGUGGAUGAAGCAAAAAAUUUCUAGUGAAACUGUUCAAAGUGGAAAUAAACAAUUAGAAACCGACAAUUAAAAAUAAUCUAUAUCUUUUACAUUAUUAUAAUAUUUAUAUACUGCAAAAUAGAUAAUAUAGAUAUAGUGUAUAAUUUAAUAUUUAUCUUGACUCAUUCAUAGAAUGUAAAUGAUGUGAAAUUAUGCUUUGAUACUUUUUCAAUGUAAAUACAGUUUAUAAUUUAUAAGAAACAACAAUUUUCAGUAAUUUAUAUUAAAAAUUUUUAUAUUUAAUUUAAUAUAAUCACUUUUAAAUAACUUAUAUUUAAAAGUGAUUAUAUGGGGUUUUACAAUAUAUCUUGAUUUCAAAUAAUUGUCAUAACGUGAUUAAAUAUUUCUUAACAGAAGAAGAAUAUAGACAAUUUUUUUGUUAAUUAUAAAAAUUAUGUACAAUAUACUCAACUCUUAAAUUAUUUCUAAACAAUCGCUAUAGUAAAUAAGAAUAUUUUUGUACACUUUAUUUGUCGAAGUGUAGAGUAUUCUUUUAUAGUAAGUUAUUUUCAUAUAUUUUACAUAUUAUAUGCAAAUAAAAGUAUAUUUGAUAAAUAUGUUUAAUAUAUACGUGAAAUAUAUUUUAUAGAUACGUUAUAUGUGUAUAUGCAGAUGCAUAGACUGCUUUUUUGCCAUGUAUAUUUAACAUUUUAAAAAAUCAAUAUUUAUAAAAAUAAAAUAUAAUAUUAUCUAUUAUUUUUGAAGAUUUAUGUCAUAUAAUCAGUUCGUUUAUUUUUUGUUUGUUACUAUCAAAUAUCUUUUUUAAAAAUCAUUUGUAAUUCUUUAUUGAAUUUCUGAAAAUAAACAUCAUUUCAUAUUUCUAUAAUAUUAUAACGGAGAGUGAAUAAGAUAUUGUAGUAGAGUUGAGCAUUUUAAUCACUAUCAUACAUAAAUACACAUACAGGCAUAUACAUAUAUUUCUAAAAUAUACACAUAAUGUAGAAGAUAACUUUUUAUGAAACAAAAAAGAAUAAACAUGGGAAGAAGAAAAAAGAAUAGGAAAGUUUAUAAAACAAACUGCUGGAUCUUAUAAUUUUUUCUUGUUUUUAAAUCAACUUUUUCAACGUAUGAUAAAAUUCAUUUUAAUUAUUGUUAUAUAUAAAUACAUAUCUGUGAAAUAUAUAUAUAAAUACAAGACACAAUUUUUCGUCUAAUAAAACAAGAACAAGAAAGUAAACAGAAGAAGAAUGAAAAGAUCAUUCUCAUGUAAUAUAUAAAAUUAAUAUAUUUACCUCGGAUAGUUCAUGUCAUUUUAAUAUGAAAUUUUUCAUUUUGAUAUAUCAUUUUGAUAUGGUUUGGUAACCGAAUUGACUGUUAAAUGGAAUACGAUCAGAUUAUGUUAGAUAGAUUACAUUCAUAGUUAUUAUCGUCAUCAUGAUGGCGGCUGGUUAUUCGUCAUAGAAUAACUCCGAAAGAAAAAGAAAAAUUAGAUAAAAUAUAAAAGCAUUAUUCAGAAGAAAUACUUGCACCUAUUUAUUAUACGAUAUGAUAAAAGUUACUUUUAUGUUUUAUCGUACAUGCGUAAAUAUGAGAGCUCAUUAGGGUACACUUCUCGUGCCGGUGUAUCUAUCUUGUAGCGAUAAUAGAUUUGCACGGAAGGUACUAUUGUCUCUUUCUAGGCGUCAGAGCUGCAGAUCCACUGAUCGCGAUGACAAAAAGCGAUGGCACAAGAUUCGGUCUGUCGAUUAUUCGCAAAAUCUUGCUCACCAUGUUCCUACAGAUUAAUCAGAUAACGCAAUUUCUUUGAAGAAUACUGUACAGUUCGUGAGGUGAGAUGUGCGAUAAAAGCUCGAAAUUUAUCGAUCAAAUGAAUGAUGAAAGGGAAAAGGAAAAAAAAGAAGUUCAAGUAAAAUAAGUGUAUGGUAAAGGAAGUAACGAUGUCUAGUGAUCAUGAACGAGUCAGAAUAGCUCGUUCGAAAUGAUUAAAUAAUCUAAUAUGCGGUCAUUUGUUUGGUAACCGAAUUGACUGCUGAAUGUUGAAUUAAUAUUUUAAAAGUAAGUUUCAGAUAAGAGGAGUUUUGUCUGGGAGUCUAAUUUCAUUGUUCAUUUAUCGUCCGGCUCGGCACGUUAUCAAAGAACGUGUUUGAUUAAUAAUACCUAAAAUCGAACAAUGAUUUCUUCGGCAAUAUAUAUGAUAUUGAUAGAUCCUAUGUGCAGAUGUAUUCAUAUGUUUGUUAUCAUGUUUUUUUCGAAUCCGAAAAAUUGCUCUACGAAAAUUUUUGGUAGGUGAAACGAUAAAACGAUCAGCUUACAGAUCAUAUGAUUACUUACGAAUGGAUAAGAUGAAAAAUUCAUUUCUUUGCUGUACAUAAUGACUUUGGUAUCAUUGGCUGUAAUUGAUCUAUAUUGGCCAACAGAAUUUUAUUUUGGUUAAAUAUAAAUGAACCAUCGCAUAAUUCUGCAUGAAGUUCAAGCCUUUAUGUGAUGGAAUAUGCUUAUAGCACUAUAAUAGUGGACAAUGCGAUUACAUGAUUGUUGGUGCAUCAAAUCUUUGUCUUCAUUCGUACAUGUCUCUGUAAUUUAACUGUUUAGGUAUUGAUUGUUUCAACUUACUUGAAGGAUUUAUCCUUUCUUCUUUAAAUUAUCAUGAGAAUAUUGUAAAAUAAUUCAUUCUUGAAUUUCUAUAAUAGGAAUGUUAGCACAAGAAGGUCGUUUAAUGUGUUUUAACGAAGAUACAACUACUUACAGGCAUAGUGAACCAUUAUUGUAGCAUUUCUUUAAAGAGAAAAAAAUAUUAAGAGAAUUUAUAUUUAUAACAUGUGAAAAUAGUCAUUAUGAAAUCAUGUGAAAAUAAAUUGUGAUGGUUAUAAAGAAGAAUAAA